GACGUCAUGCACGUCCAGCGAACGUUCUCCACGAGAGGAAAAAAAUGGCGGUGAAUGGCGCUCAGAGCGAAAAAACCUAUGCAAAAGUUCUUAUUACGCUCGAAAACUGCAUCCUCUCACCAGAUAAACUAACCGAAACGCCUUCAGUAAAAGACGGCCUCGAUAAGAAUGUCGAAGAAGACCUUAGAAUCAUCGGCUGUGAGUUCAUACAAACCUCGGGAUUGCUCCUCAAACUUCCGCAGGUAGCAAUGGCUACUGGACAAGUUCUAUUUCAGCGCUUUUACUAUACUAAAUCAUUCGUUAAACACGACGUUGAGGUGUACGCUAUGGCGUGCAUCUUCCUUGCUGCUAAAAUUGAAGAGGCACCACGCCGAAUACGUGAUGUCAUCAAUGUAUUCCAUUACAUCAAGCAAAAACGAAACAACAGGCCUAUACAGCCAUUGGAGUAUAUGGGAAACUUGUAUUUUAAUCGCAAGAACCAGGUCGUCAAGGCAGAGCGUCGUGUGUUAAAAGAACUUGGCUUCUGUGUUCAUGUGAAGCACCCACACAAGAUUAUCAUCACAUAUCUUCAGAUCCUGGAGUGUGAGACAAACCAAGAGCUUGCACAGCUGGCAUGGAAUCACAUGAAUGACAGUUUGCGGACGAGUGCGUUUGUGCGAUUUGCACCAGAGACAAUCGCUUGUGCAUGCAUAUUUCUUGCCUCUAGGUUACUUAAGAUAUGUCUUCCGAGUAAUCCACCAUGGUAUGAGCUGUUUGAUGCCCAGCUUUCAGACCUUGAGGAAAUUAGUUUGACAAUAUUAAGGCUCUUUGCUCGACCAAAAGUGAGCCUCGAUAGCUUACAAAAGAAGGUAGCAGUGCUUCAGAAGGAACUUGAGGAUAAGAAGAAAAAAAAAGAGGGAGAAGAGAAAGAUGGAAAAGAAAGUCCUAAUACAUCACCCCACUCUGGAUCACGAGCAGGCUCUCGUGCUUCAUCGCCUACUAAGUUCUCUCCCGGCAAUGAGGAGUUGAAGAAGAAAGUCCCGGUCUCCAAAUCUGAAGACGUUAAAAAGAACGACAAUAAAGAGAGGCACCAGAGUCGAGCCACACGGAGAAGCAAGUCGCCAAAGCAUCGUCAUCGCCCAGAAUCUCGCAGUAGAUCCGGAAGUCGAUCCAAAUCACGCUCUAGAUCCCGAUCACGGGGUCGUUCACGCAGCUACAGCAUCUCCAUCAGUCCAGACAGCCACAAAAGUCGCAGUGAGUCCCCGAGCAGUGAUGGGGAAAGCCCCGACCGGCAGAGACCCAGUCCCCAUCGUAGAUCACGGCCAAGGAACCGCAAGGACAGACAGCUUGACAAAAAGACUAAGACAUUACCGAAUAGUUACGCCCCGAAAAGGGACAAACCUCGGGAGCGUAAGAAAGUCGCGCGCGAUCGGAGCCGCUCGCCGCGCUCUCGGAGCAGAAGCCGAGAGAGGACGAAGCGGCAUUACGAGAAAUACGGGCGUGAUCGGAAUCGAGAACGAACUCGGGACCGGAAUGGUGUGGACAACAAGAGUAGGGAUCGCGAGGAUCGGGACCAUUCGAGGCGAUAUAGAUAAUUGUGGCUUUGGGCGUUUGCAAAUGAAGUGUACUCUACGAGACUGGUAGCCGGUCCCUCACGGCAGCAUGUCGUCCAUUAACGAGGACGUGUCUAUUUCACCACAGAACAGCAGUAAUAGUAAUAUUACAUACGCCAGUGAACCGGCUUGUACAUAUACCACACAUACUGAAGCAAGAAUUUCGUUGUUGUAAAUUGUUGUAAUAAAGGCGAUUUGUAGAA